AUGUUUCUUUCUCAUUUUUUUUCUUUUUUCCUUUUCUUUUUCUUCUCCCAUGUCUUUCUUUCCUUUUCUUUUUCUCUCCCAUGUCUUUCUUUCCUUUUCUUUUUCUUCUCCCAUGUCUUUCUUUCCUUUUCUUUUUCUUCCAUGUCUUUCUUUUCUUUUCUUUUUUCUCUCCAUGUUUUCUUUUCUUUUUUUUUUUUCUCCCAUGUCUUUUAUUCCUUUUCUUUUUCUUCUCCCAUGUCUUUCUUUCCUUUUUCUUUUUCUUCUCCAUUUUCUUUUCUUUUCUUUUUUUCUCCAUUCUUUUUUUCCUUUUCUUUUUUUCUCCCAUGUCUUUCUUUUCUUUUUCUUUUUCUUCUCCAUGUCUUUUUCCUUUUCUUUUCUUUUUUUUUCUUUCUUUCCUUUCUUUUCUCUCCUUUCUUUUCUUUCUUUUUUCUCUUUCCUUUCUUUCCUUUUCUUUUUCUUUCCUUUUCUUUUUCUUUUCUUUUUUUUCUCCCAUUUCCUUUCCUCUUCUUUUUCUUUUCUUUUUCUUUUUCUUUUCUCCUCUUCUGUUUUCUUUUCUUUUUUUCUCUUCCCCCUUUCUUUUAUUUUUUUCUUUUCUUUUUUCAUUUUUUUCUUUUCUUCUCCAUGUCUUUCUUUCCUUUUUUUUCUCUCCCAUGUCUUUCCUUUCCUUUUUCUUUUUUCUUCUUCCAUGUCUUUGAGAAAGUUCUUUUUCCGAUUUUCUUUCCUUCUUCCUUUUCUUUUAUUCUCUUUCCUUUUUUUCUUUCUUUUCUUCUCCAUUCUUUCCUUUUCUUCUUUAUUUCUUUCUUUCCUUCCUUUUUUUCUCCCAUUCUUUCUUUCCUUUCUUUUUUCUUUCCCAUUUCUUUCUUUUCUUUUUUUUCUUUCCCAUGUCUUUUCUUUCCUUUUUUUUUUCUUUUUUCUUUUCCUUUUCUUUCUUUCUUUUUUUUCCUUUUUUUUUCUUUUCUCCCUUGUCUUUUCUUUUUUUUCUUCUUUUUUCCUUUUUUUGUUUUCUUUUCUUUCCUUUUUUUCUUUUUUUCUCUUUCCCAUGUCUUUCUUUCCUUUUCUUUUUCUUCUCCCAUUUCUUUUUUUCCUUUUUCCUUUUCUUCUCCCAUUUUUCCUUUUUUUUUUUCUCUCCCCAUGUCUUUCUUUCCUUUUUUUUUUUUCUUCUUUCUUUCCUUUUUUCUUUUUCUUUCCUUUUUUUUCUUUCCUUUUUUUUUUUCUCUCAUGUCUUUCUUUCCUUUUUUUUUUUCUUCUCCCAUUUUUCUUUUUUUCUUUUUCUCCCAAUGUCUUUCUUUUUUUUCCUUUUCUUCUCUUUUGUCUUUCUUUCCUUUUCUUUUUUUCUUUUUCUUUUUCUUUUUUUUUUUCUCCCAUGUCUUUCUUUUCCUUCUUUUUCUUCUCCCAUAUUCUUUUCUUUUUUUCUUUUCUCUCCCAUGUCUUUCUUUUCCUUUUUCUUUUCUUUUUCUUCCCAUUUUCUUUUUUCCUUUUCUUUUUCUUUUCUCCUGUUUUUUUUCUUUCCUUUUUUUCUUCUCCCAUGUCUUUCUUUCCUUUUUUUUUCUCCCAUGUCUUUCUUUCCUUUUCUUUUUUUAUUCCCAUUCUUUCUUUCCUUUUUUUUUCUCUCCCAUGUCUUUUCUUUUCCUUUCUUUCUUUUUUCUUUCCAUGUCUUUCUUUCCUUUUCUUUUUUCUUUUUCUUUUUUCCUUUUUCUUUUCUUCUCCCAUGUCUUUUCUUUUCCUUUUUUCUUUCUUUCCUUUAAUUUUUUCUUUCUUUUCUUUUUUUUUUUUUCUUUUUCUUCUCCCAUGUCUUUCUUUUCCUUUUUCUUUUUCUUCUCCCUUGUUUUCUUUUUCUUUUAUUUUUUUUUUUCCCAAUUUUUCCUUUUUAAGGGGUUCAUUUUUUUUUUUUUUUUCUCUCCAAGUCUUUUCUGUCUUUUCUUUUCUACCCUUUUUUCCUUUUCUUUUUCUCUUUUUUUUUUUCCCCUCCUUCAUGUCUUUUCUUCUUUUUCUUUUUUCUUUCUCCCAUGUCUUUCUUUCCUUUCUUUUAUUCUCCUUUUUUUAUAUUUUCCUUUCUCUCCCAUGUCUUUCUUUCCUUUUUCUUUUUUUCUCCCAUGUCUUUCUUUCCUUUUCUUUUUUCUUUUCCAUGUUUUUCUUUCCUUUUCUUUUUCUUCUCCAUGUCUUUCUUUCCUUUUCUUUUCUUUUGUCUUUCUUUCCUUUUCUUUUUUUCUUCCUGUUUUUUUCUUUUUCUUUUUCUUAUCCCAUGUUUUUCUUUCCUUUUCUUUUUCUUUUUCUUUCUUUCCUUUUUUUUUCUCUCCCCAUGUCUUUUUUUCUUUUUUUUUUCUCCCUUGUCUUUCUUUCCUUUUUUUUUUUUCUUCUCCCUUGUCCUUUCCUUUCUUUUUUUUCUUUCCCCAUUUUUUCUUUUUUUUUUUUUUCUUCUCCCAUGUCUUUCUUUUCCUUUUCUUUUCUUCUCCCAUGUCUUUUCUUUUCUUUUUUUCUUCUCCCAUGUCUUUUUUUUUUCUUUUUCUUUUUUUUCCAUUCUUUCUUUUCUUUUCUUCUCCAUUUUUUCUUUUUCCCAUUUCUUUUUCUCCUCUUUCUUUCUUUUUCUUUUUCUUUCCCAUUUUUCUUUCUUUUUCUUUUCUUCUCCCAUGUCUUUCUUUCCUUCUUUUUUCCCAUGUUUCUUUUUUUUUUCUUUUUUCCUUUCUUUUCUUUUUUCCAUUUCUUUUCUUUUCAUUUUCUUUUCCUUUCUUUUUCUUCUCCCAUGUCUUUCUUUCCUUUUCUUUUUCUUCUCCCAUGUCUUUCUUUCCUUUUCUUUUUCUUCUCCCAUGUCUUUUUCUUUUUCUUUUUCUCUUUUUUCUUUUUUUUUUUUCUUCUCCCAUGUCUUUUUUCCUUUUCUUUUUCUUUCUUUCUUUUCUUUUUUAUUUUCUUCUUUUUUUUUUUUUUUUCCUUUUCUUUUCAUUUCUUUCUUUUUUCUUUUUUCUUUUUCUUUUCCCAUGUCUUUCUUUCCUUUUUCUUUUUUUUCUCCCAUUUCUUUUCUUUCCUUUUUUUUUUCUUCUCCCAUGUCUUUCUUUCCUUUUCUUUUUCUCUCCCAUUUCUUUUUUCCUUUUCUUUUUCUUCUCCCUCUUUCUUUCUUUCCUUUUCUUUUCUUUUUCCCAUUUUUCUUUCUUUUUUUUCUUUUUCUUUUCUUUUCUUUUUUUUUUUUUUUUCCUCCCAUGUCUUUCUUUCUUUUUUCUUUUCUUCUCCCAUGUCUUUUUUUCUUUUCUUUUCUUUUUCUUUUCUUUUUUUUUUUCUUUUUUUUUCUUUUUUUUUUCCCAUCUUUUUCUUUCUUUCCUUUUUUUUCCAUGUCUUUCUUUCCUUUUCUUUUUCUUUUCUUUUUUUUUUUCCUUUUUUUUUUCUCCCAUUUUUCUUUUUUUUUUUUUUUCUCCCUUUCUUUUCUUUCCUUUUCUUUUUCUUUUCCUUUUUUCUUUUCUUUUCUUUUUUUUUAUUGUCUUUCUUUUUUUCUUUUUUUUUUUUCUUCUUUGUCUUUUUUUUUUUUUUUUUUUCUUUCUUUCCAUUUCUUUUUUUUUCUUUUUUUCUUUUUUUUUUUUUCUUUCCAUGUCUUUCUUUUUUUUUCUUUUUCUUCUCCCUUGUCUUUCCUUUUCUUUUUCUUUUUGUCUUUCUUUCCAUUUUUUUUUUUCCCAUUCUUUCUUUUUUUUUCUUUUUCUCCCCAUGUCUUUUCUUUUCUUUUUCUUUUUUUUCUCCCAUGUCUUUCUUUCCUUUUCUUUUCUCUCCCAUUUUUUUCUUUCUUUUUUUUUUCUUUUUUUUCUUUUUCUUUUCUUUUCCCAUUCUUUCUUUCCUUUUUUUCUUUUUUUCUUUUUUUCUUUUUCAUUCCAUUUCUUUUUUCCUUUUCUUUUUCUUUGUCUUUCUUUCCUUUUUUUUUUUCCCAUGUCUUUUUUUUUCCUUUUUUUUUCUUCUCCCAUGUCUUUCUUUCUUUUUUUUUCUUUCUUUCAUUUUUUUUUCUUUCUUUUUUCUUUCCUUUUUUUUUUUUUUUUUUUUUCUUUUCUGUCUUUCUUUCCUUUUUCUUUUUCUUCCCAUUCUUUCUUUCCUUUCUUUUUUCUCCCAUUCUUUCUUUCUUUUUUUUUUUUCUUUUUCUCUUUCUUUCCUUUUUUUUUUCUUCUCCCAUGUCUUUCUUUCCUUUUCUUUUUUCUUCUCCAUGUCUUUCUUUUCUUUUUUUUUUUUCUUCUCCAUGUCUUUCUUUCCUUUUUUUUUUUCCCAUGUCUUUCUUUUUUCUUUUUUCUUUUCUCCCUCCCAUCUUUCUUUUUUUUUUUUUUCUUCUCCCAUGUUUCUUUCUUUCCUUUUCUUUUUCUUCUCCAUGUCUUUCUUUUCUUUUUUCUUUUUUUUUUUUUCUCCCAUGUCUUUCUUUUCUUUUUUUUUUUCUCCAUGUCUUUCUUUUCUUUUCUUUUUUCUUCUCCCAUGUCUUUCUUUUCCUUCUUUUUUCUUCUCCCAUGUCUUUCUUUCCUUUUCUUUUUCUUCUUUUUUUCCUUUUCUUUUUCCUCAUGUCUUUCUUUCCUUUUCUUUUUUCUUCUCCCAUUCUUUCUUUCCUUUUCUUUUCUUCUCCCAUGUCUUUCUUUCCUUUUUUUUCUUCUCCCAUGUCUUUUCUUUCCUUUUCUUUUCUUCUCCAUGUCUUUCUUUUUUCUUUUUUUUUUUCUCCCAUGUCUUUCUUUUCUUUUUUCUUUUCUUUUUUCUUCUCCCAUGUUUUUCUUUCUUUUCUUUUUUCUUUUUUUUUCUUCUCCAUGUCUUUCUUUUUCUUUUCUUUUUUCUUCUCCCAUGUCUUUCUUUUCUUUUUUUUUUUCUUUUUUUCUUUCUUUUCUUUUUUCUUCUCCCAUGUCUUUCUUUCCUUUUCUUUUUCUUCUCCCAUGUCUUUCUUUCCUUUUCUUUUCUUCUCCCAUGUCUUUCUUUUCUUUUCUUUUUUUCUCCCAUGUCUUUCUUUCCUUUUCUUUUUCUUCUCCCAUGUCUUUCUUUCCUUUUCUUUUUCUUCUCCCAUGUCUUUCUUUCCUUUUCUUUUUCUUCUCCCAUGUCUUUCUUUCCUUUUCUUUUUUUCUCCCAUGUCUUUCUUUCCUUUUUUCUCUUUUUUUCUUUUUUUUUCUUUUCUUUUUUCUUCCCAUGUCUUUCUUUCCUUUUCUUUUUUUCCCAUUUUUCUUUUUUUCUUUUCUCUCCCAUUCUUUCUUUUUCUUUUUUUUUUCUUCCCAUGUCUUUUUUCUUUUUUUUUUCUUUUUGUCUUUCUUUUCUUUUCUUUUUCUCUCCCAUGUCUUUCUUUCCUUUUCUUUUUCUUCUCCCAUGUCUUUCUUUCCUUUUCUUUUUCAUCUCCCAUUUUUUCUUUCUUUUUCUUUUUCUCCACUUAUAUCUAUCUUUUCUUUCUUUCUUUCUUUCUUUCUUUCUUCUUUUCUUUCUUUCUUUCUUUCUUUCUUUCUUUCUUUCUUUCUAUCAUCUCAUCCUUUCAUUCUCUCUUUCUUCUUUUUCUGA